GCCCUGGCUGGAGUGCAGUGGCGCGAUCUCAGCUCACUGCAACCUCCGCCUCCCAAGUUCAAGCGAUUCUCCUGCCUCAGCCUCCCGAGUAGCUGGGAUUACAGGCGUCUGCCACCACCUCCGGCUAAUUUUUGUAUUUUUAGUAGAGACGGGGUUUCUACUUGAAGCGAUAAAUAGAAUACAAUAUUAAGGUAUUAGAGAAUUUGGGCUAUCACCUAACUCAGGGCAAGGUAUUUUAGAAGAUUUUUCAGGGACAGUAACCCUUAAGCUGAAACUUGAAAGAUAGCAAAGUGAAUGUACGUGUGUGUAUUUGAAGUUUGGGGUUUGGAAAAGAUUCCAGGCAAAAGCAGUAGCAUGUGCGGUAACAUAGAGAUCAAGGAAGCACAUGUUCAGUUCGAGAAACUGUAAAAGAUAAGAACAUGGAUGUGGAGUGUAUUGAGAUGAGGUUAGUGCAGUCAAUUUCAAACUUGUUGGCCGCUUUGCCCAAAGAGGAAUAUAUUUGAAUUUACAACCCAGUACACACAUAUGUAUAACUAGAUGAAAAGUUUUGUAAAAUAAUAUUUAAUUACCUGCACGUUGCUUUGAGAUUUUUUUGUUUUUGAACUUCUCUGUUCUCUUUAUUAAUGCUGGUCAUGAUCCUUUAAUAUAAUUUCAGAAACAGCAAUUUGAAAAUCUCUGGGCUGGAAAAAUAUGCAGGGCCUUGAGAUACAUUGGAUCUUUCUAAGGACUGUAGCAAGUCAUUAAAACAUUUUAAACAGAGUGAAAUGACUGGAUUUUAAAUGUUUAAAUUCACUCUGGUAGCAGUAUAAGGAAUGGAUUGAAGAGAGGCAAUCCUGGUUCAGGGGGACCAGUUAAGUAGCCCUUGCAGUAACUAAGGUGAGAAAUGACAGCUUGAAUUAGCACGUUGGCAGUGGAGAUGGAGGGAAGUGGACAGAUUAAAGUGAUUUAGGAGGUAGACUCAAAAUGAUUUUGUGAUGUAUUUUAUCUGAAGGGACGAGUAUAGUGUUAAUGAUGACUCUUUUAUGCCUAUCUGUAAGGAUCAGGCUUGUUGGAAGAAGGUGAUAGGCUCAGCUAUGGACACUAUGAGUUUGAUAUUGUUACAGGGCAUACAAAUGAGGAUUUGCAGGAGGGAGAGGGCUAUGUAGAUCUGAUGCCUAGAAAAAUCUAGAUGGAGAUAAGUAUUUGACAGUUAAUGGGCUCAUGGGUAGUAGUUGGAGUGUGGGAGUGAACAGUCAGAAACGGCGUGGGCCCAGCCUGAAUUCUAUAGACCAUUGCUUCUCAGACUUGAAUGUGCAUAGGAAUCACCUGACAUCUUGUUAAAACGUAGAACACUGGUGGGAUCAGAGAUUCGACUUUCGUUACAGGCUCCCAGGUGAUGCCAGUGUUCCUGGUCUGUAGAUCACUCAGGCUCUCAAAUACGGAAAAUGAAAAUUUAAGGGACAGGCUGAGGAAAAGAAGGUUACAAAAGAAUCUAGGAAGAAUCAGCCAGAGAAGAGAAAAAUAAGGUGAAGAGAUUUGACCAUGUUCAUGCCCUGAGGGAAGCACCCAGUAAAGAGGAAAUCAAAGUGGGCCAAAUUAUGCUGCAGUAAAAACCAACUGCCAAAUCUUAAUGGUUUAAAACAAGCAAGGUUUGAUUUUCUACCACAUUACUAAAAGAAGCAAACCAGAAUAUCGGUUGACUGCCUAAUGUCUACUGGAGAGGUUAGAAAUUUAGAAAGCAAGGUAAAUUUCAGUGAAGGAGGUGGCCCUGAGGAUAUGAAAGGAAUUGGACUGCAGAGCUCAGGUUGAGGGGUUUGCCUUUAAAAUGCACUUCUUUUAUAACAGGAAAGAAGAGAAAAGGAUAAAUUCUGAUACAGGUGGGUUUAGGUUUGGUGAUAACCAACUAAGGACCUUUUCUUCUUAGGGCUUUUGUUUCGUGAAAAACUGUGUGUGAAUGCUGAGGGCAAACAGAAAGGUGGUAUUGGCCUGUUACAGAUAAUGGGGAGACAGUUUGAAGUAGUUGCAGAUAAUUAGAAAGCUGGUAAGAUAAAUUUGAUGGACAUCAUUUAGGGUUUUUUGCCAGGAACUGAAAACUAGAAGCAGGGUAUUUGAGAAUGUCCAAGAAAGUGGGAAAUAAUCAAAAUUCUGUGAUAAAAGAGAACAGUCAUGAAAAAAGUGUGUUUUGAGAUUCUCCAGGCAAGGAGUGAAAUAAAGUGAAGCGUGAUAGAACUAGAAGAAGGUUGUUGAGGGGGAGAGAGGCAUCCUACAAAAAGGCAAGAUCCAAGUUUGAAAUUAAGGUAUGUUCUCUGCUACCUGCAGCAUCCAGAAACUCAUUGUGGGGAGAACAUCAUUAAAAAAUACGAAUGUCUUUAUUUAGAGUGUAAAUUACGUUUUCAAGGGCUAAUCAUACAUGUUCAUUGUAAAAGAUAGAUUCAGCUGUUCAUUCCUUCCAUUGACAGACUUCUCUGGGGCAUAUAGCAUGUGCCAGAAUUAUAUCUGACAGAGACACUGGCAAAAAGUAUAGGUUACGGAGAGUGAAUAACCUCUUUUCAAAUUAAUAGUAAUAAAAACAAGAUCCUACUACACAACUGACUUAUUUCAUACUUUGGUCAUCUUUCCUGUUUGUAUACUUGCAGAAAGAUCUACCCACUGUUGACCACUGGGUGUACUACAAUUCAACUAAUUGCUUAUUGAUUAGCAGAUGCUUACUUGGUACAUAUGCAUUGUGUAAGGUAUCUUAAAGUCUACCAACUGAUGUUGACUUUUUAAUGAAAACGAAUUUUGUUGUGAUAGUUUGGACUGAAAGAUUGUGUCGAUCUGUUUAUUUUCUGUAGACUGUUACGUUAUCCAGUAAUUCACCUUUCCCCGGGGAUGUGAAAUCUCAUAAAAUUAGAAUAAUCUUUUGUGCUGUUAUGGGCAGGAGGUGGGCAAUGUAUUGUGAAAUGUCAAUCUAGGAAAUUGUUUACUAAACAAAAUACAGAGUAAUGAGUUAACAUGGAAAAGUGAGAACUGUAGGAAUGGCAGAUACAGGUUAUAUUCUAACUAAACAGAUACAUCAAGAAACCUUAAGAGGACUUUUAGUAGAGACAUUUUAUGUCCUGACAACUGAAAUUAGCCACUCAUUUUCACUUCAAAAAAGGAGGUAACGUAUAGUUCAUUUGCUUUGCUUCUUCAUGUUUGUUGUUUUAUCACUAAUAAUUUCUUAUUUUUAUUACAUUAGGUUAUCUUCCUACCCAUGUAAACUUAUGUGAGCUUUCAAAAAGCAUGUAAUACUGAUUAGAAUUAGAAUGUCUUAUAAAACCCUAUCUCUUGUCUUAAACAUGCGUAUGUCUUGUUCUCCUGGGACACAUACUCCUCCACCCACCCUGGGUUUUCAAACUUUAUGUUAAACUUUGUUAUGACCAGCUAUUUUGGUGUUUGUUUAAUUGGGAUAGAAUACAGUGAAGAGAAGAUAAGAGUUGCACUGUACAGAGUAAGGAAAGUAUUUUGUGAAAUUACUUACUCGUAUAUGUGUGUACUGGGUCAUUAGUUUUACUGUGGGUUGCUAUGAAAAACAAAACAGUUGAAAUCUAUUGCUCUAGAUUUUACAGUAUUUUACACAUUGCUGUCUGCUUUCAUCAGUCUCCUUACCCUAGCUCCUGCUUCUCUCUUUUCUCCCCAAAAAUCAAAACCAAACCUCAAAAACCAAAAAUACCUUGAAGAUCAUUCCCAACUGCCUAGUUGUUGGAUACAGUAGUAAUUUUUUCAGUUCUCUGCCUUAGUUAACCUCAAUUUUAUACUUCUGAGUCCUUUUUUAACACCUUUCCUCAUUUCAUAGGGGUGGUUUGUCACUGUGUGCUCCUAGUCUUUUGUUUGUUCUCUUGAUUAUUCCUCUGACUUAUUUUCUUGCCUUGGCCCCGUGAAUGCCAGACUUGGUCAACCGUCUGUCCUCAUCUUUGGAGGUGGUAUUAUUUGUAAAUUAAGAGAAUUCCUGUGUCUCUGUGAUUUCAACUUUGCAGAACACUCCAAAAUUUCUAUCAUAACUCUAAAAGCAAAACCUCUCAGAGAUCAAUUUCCAUAUAUUCAUCUACCUAAUCAUUAUUACAAGUCGGGAAAUUUCAUCAUUGUUCUUAAUUGCCUAAAAUCCAAACUUAGCAUCCUAUUUUUACCUCUAUCACCACUACAUGUACACGAAAAUGUACAGUAACACAGAGCAACCUCCUCCUAAUGAUUCAUCUUACUGCUGCUCUCAGGAUCCACCCUUGAAUUUGAAAACAGUUGUCUUUGAUUCUUUCUUCCUUUUUGUCUCUCCCCAACUUCCACCAAAUAGUCAUUAAGUCCUAUGGUUUCUUUCUUUCGAUUUUUGACUGUUUUCUUUUCAUUUAUACUUUUACCUUCCUCCUCCUUUUGUUCUUUAACCUAACACACUCUAAUUUUCACCAUUCCUUGUGUGUUUCCUUUUGCCUGUGGAUUUAUAUGCACGUUAGAACCUAAGGUUUGUGGUCCCAUAAAUUUUGAAGAAUCUGUUUUUCAACUUUUCAGCUUACUAUAUCUAAAUAUAAAAGUCUCCAGAGAAUUGGGUUUUGGCAUUCAUUCUCUCUUUUUUUUUUUUUUUCACCUUGGACAUUUCUUAGAUGCGUAAAGUUUCUGCAAAGUUUCAUAGUUCACCAAGGACCUUUAUCUUUGUCCAGUCUGUUGUGUUUUAUUCUCAUUCUUUGAAGCAACUGCGUCAUUUGCCACAUUGGAUCACCUUAUGAGCACUGAUCAAUUUUAUUUACUCCUUCUGAGCUCAGCCUUACUUACCAAUGUAUUCUUCUGUUUAGUGUAAGAACUUUCAAAUGUUCAUUACAACCAAACUAUUUCCAGUUUUCAACUUUUUUCGUAAACGAUUUGAGUUUUAAUAACUUCGAAAUUUUAAGAUGAGGAGAAAUUCAUAAUAAUUAGUAUGUGAGGGCUGGGGGUAAGAGAACCAGAGUUGUAGGAAGAGACAUAAAUGAGCUUUCUUUGCCAAUCAUAUUAGGGCUAAUUUUAUAAAUGCUUGUUGGAAAAGGUCUAGAAGGAUAUGUACCAAAAUUUUAACAUUAAUUAAUUAGGUCUAGGAAGGGGGAUUGGGCUAGAGGACACGUGUGGAUAACUUCUUUUAUAUGUAUUUGUUGAACAUGUAUUACUUAGCCUUUAUUUUCUUUAGUAUCAAAUAAUUUUUGCAUAUGCUUUCUUACAUUGACAAAGAUGCUUUUUUCUUUGCACAAACUAGAGAGCCGUAGUACACAUGGAUGAACGACGAGAAGAACAAAUUGUACAGUUACUGAAUUCUGUUCAAGCGAAGAAUGAUAAAGAGUUGGAAGCACAGAUAUCCUGGUUUGCUCCUGAGGAUCAUGGAUAUGGUACUGAAGUUUCUACUAAGAACACACCAUGCUCAGAGAAGAAACUUGAUGUCCAGGAAAAGAAGUUGAUAAACCAAGAAAAAAAAAUGUUUAGAAUCAGGAACAGAUCAUAUAUCAACCGAGAUUCUGAGUAUCUCUUGCAAGAAAAUGAACCAGAUGGAACUUUAGACCAAAAAUUAUUGGAAGAUUUACAAAAGAAAAAAAAUGACCUUCGGUAUAUUGAAAUGCAGCAUUUCAGAGAAAAGCUGCCUUCAUAUGGAAUACAAAAGGAAUUGGUAAAUUUAAUUGAUAACCAUCAGGUAACAGUAAUAAGUGGUGAAACUGGUUGUGGCAAAACCACUCAAGUUACUCAGUUCAUUUUGGAUAACUACAUUGAAAGAGGAAAAGGAUCUGCUUGCAGGAUAGUUUGUACUCAGCCAAGAAGAAUUAGUGCCAUUUCAGUUGCGGAAAGAGUAGCUGCAGAAAGGGCAGAAUCUUGUGGCAAUGGUAAUAGUACUGGAUAUCAAAUUCGUCUCCAGAGUCGGUUGCCAAGGAAACAGGGUUCUAUCUUAUACUGUACAACAGGAAUCAUCCUUCAGUGGCUCCAGUCAGACCCGUAUUUGUCCAGUGUUAGUCAUAUCGUACUUGAUGAAAUCCAUGAAAGAAAUCUGCAGUCAGAUGUUUUAAUGACUGUUGUUAAAGAUCUUCUCAAUUUUCGAUCUGACUUGAAAGUAAUAUUGAUGAGUGCAACAUUGAAUGCGGAAAAGUUUUCAGAAUAUUUUGGUAACUGUCCAAUGAUACAUAUACCUGGUUUUACCUUUCCGGUCGUGGAAUAUCUUUUGGAAGAUGUAAUUGAAAAAAUAAGGUAUGUUCCAGAACAAAAAGAACACAGAUCUCAGUUUAAGAGGGGUUUCAUGCAAGGGCAUGUAAAUAGACAAGAAAAAGAAGAAAAAGAAGCAAUAUAUAAAGAACGUUGGCCAGAUUAUGUAAGGGAACUGCGAAGAAGGUAUUCUGCAAGUACUGUAGAUGUUAUAGAAAUGAUGGAUGAUGAUAAAGUUGAUCUGAAUUUGAUUGUUGCCCUUAUCCGAUACAUUGUUCUGGAAGAAGAGGAUGGUGCGAUACUGGUCUUUCUACCAGGCUGGGACAAUAUCAGCACUUUACAUGAUCUCUUGAUGUCACAAGUAAUGUUUAAAUCAGAUAAAUUUUUAAUUAUACCUUUACAUUCACUGAUGCCUACAGUUAACCAGACACAGGUGUUUAAAAGAACCCCUCCUGGUGUUCGGAAAAUAGUAAUUGCUACCAACAUUGCGGAGACUAGCAUUACCAUAGAUGAUGUUGUUUAUGUGAUAGAUGGAGGAAAAAUAAAAGAGACACAUUUUGAUACUCAGAACAAUAUCAGUACAAUGUCCGCUGAGUGGGUUAGUAAAGCUAAUGCCAAACAGAGAAAAGGUCGAGCUGGAAGAGUUCAACCUGGUCAUUGCUAUCAUCUGUAUAAUGGUCUUAGAGCAAGUCUUCUAGAUGACUAUCAACUGCCAGAAAUUUUGAGAACUCCUUUGGAAGAACUUUGUUUACAAAUAAAGAUUUUAAGGCUAGGUGGAAUUGCUUAUUUUCUGAGUAGAUUAAUGGACCCACCAUCAAAUGAGGCAGUGUUACUCUCCAUAAGACACCUGAUGGAGCUGAACGCUUUGGAUAAACAAGAAGAAUUGACACCUCUUGGAGUUCACUUGGCACGAUUACCCGUUGAGCCACAUAUUGGAAAAAUGAUUCUUUUUGGAGCACUGUUCUGCUGCUUAGACCCAGUACUCACUAUUGCUGCUAGUCUCAGUUUCAAAGAUCCAUUUGUCAUUCCACUGGGAAAAGAAAAGAUUGCAGAUGCAAGAAGAAAGGAAUUGGCAAAGAAUACUAGAAGUGAUCACUUAACAGUUGUGAAUGCAUUUGAGGGCUGGGAAGAGGCUAGGCGACGUGGUUUCAGAUACGAAAAGGACUAUUGCUGGGAAUACUUUCUGUCUUCAAACACACUGCAGAUGCUGCAUAACAUGAAAGGACAGUUUGCUGAGCAUCUUCUUGGAGCUGGAUUUGUAAGCAGUAGAAAUCCUAAAGAUCCAGAAUCUAAUAUAAAUUCAGAUAAUGAGAAGAUAAUUAAAGCUGUCAUCUGUGCUGGUUUAUAUCCCAAAGUUGCUAAAAUUCGACUAAAUUUGGGUAAAAAAAGAAAAAUGGUAAAAGUUUACACAAAAACCGAUGGCCUGGUUGCUGUUCAUCCUAAAUCUGUUAAUGUGGAGCAAACAGACUUUCACUACAACUGGCUUAUCUAUCACCUAAAGAUGAGAACAAGCAGUAUAUACUUGUAUGACUGCACAGAGGUUUCCCCAUACUGUCUCCUGUUUUUUGGAGGUGACAUUUCCAUCCAGAAGGAUAACGAUCAGGAAACUAUUGCUGUAGAUGAGUGGAUUGUAUUUCAGUCUCCAGCAAGAAUUGCCCAUCUUGUUAAGGAAUUAAGAAAGGAAUUAGAUAUUCUUCUGCAAGAGAAGAUUGAAAGUCCUCAUCCUGUAGACUGGAAUGACACUAAAUCCAGAGACUGUGCAGUACUGUCAGCUAUUAUAGACUUGAUCAAAACACAGGAAAAGGCAACUCCCAGGAACUUUCCGCCACGAUUCCAGGAUGGAUAUUACAGCUGACAACUUUUCAGAGGUGGUCUGAAAAGCCAGUUUGACAGCCAUUCUUCAUCAUUGUUUAAAUUUUGGCUGGAUGCCAAACCCUGGGACAUGACGAAUUUUCGUGUGUAAGUAGAAACCUUCAGUAGGUAGUAAAGACUUAAUGUGCAUGACUUGAUGUUAUAUGUAGCUAUAUACAUAUAUAUAGACACACACACACACACACACACACACACACACACACACACUAUAAAAGCAAUAUGUUCUCUGAUCAUAUACUCUGCUGUGGUCAUGCCCACUCUUUGGGAGUAUAUUCCCUUUAUAUAUAUUAUUGUACCACUUGAGAAAUUCCUUUGUUCUGUUACACAAAGUUAAUCUUUCUGCUCAUAAUGAUUGAUGAUACCACCAGUAAAAAUAGGAUGUUUACCCCAAAAAAAGUGUCAAUUAAGAAUUUGAACACAACCACAUUUUUUAAAAUGAAACUUCUAUCGGAAGUAAAUUAAUUUGUUGUAAUAAAGUCCAGUAUUUAAUAAAAUGUACAAUGUUAAAACUCA